UCACUAGCCAUCAGUCCGCAAAACUGCGAGAGAGCGAGUGGCGAUAGAAGGGAAUAGCAAAGCGGCGCUGGGGGCGGCCAUUUUAGGAGUAUCACGGUUGCCGAAUACAUCUUCUGAAAUUGUUUUUCUUGAGAGAGCUAUAUAUUUUAUUAUAGGCGAGGAUAUAAUAAGUUUGUUUUUAUUUUCCCGUGUUGUAAUUCGAAUUUGGGAUGCAGAUCAGAAGGUAUAAACAUUUUGCAUCCGUUGUCGGACUGGUCCUCGGACUAUUAUGUGCGGUGGAGGCAGCUAAAGUUAAUAAGCACAAGCCAUGGAUCGAGACGACGUAUCAUGGCAUCGUAACAGAAAAUGACGACAAAGUACUUCUGGACCCUCCACUUAUCGCCCUGGACAAAGACGCCCCACUGCGCUACGCAGAAAGUUUUGAGGUGACCUUCACCAAAGAAGGUGAGAUUUGUGGCUUCAGGAUCCAUGGGCAGAAUGUUCCCUUUGAGGCAGUGGUCCUGGACAAGUCCACGGGUGAGGGAGUCAUUCGAGCUAAGGACAAGCUGGACUGUGAACUCCAGAAGGAGCACACCUUUACCAUCCAGGCCUACGACUGUGGAGAAGGCCCCGACGGAGCAAACAUGAAGAAAUCUCACAAGGCCACUGUCCACAUCCAGGUGAACGACAUCAACGAGUAUUCCCCAGUGUUCAAGGAGAAGUCCUACAAAGCCACGGUCAUCGAGGGUAAGAAGUAUGACAGCAUCCUGAAGGUGGAGGCAGUGGAUGCCGACUGCUCAUUCCAGUUUAGCCAGAUCUGCAGCUACGAGAUCGUCACCCCAGAUGUACCCUUCACUGUUGACAAGGACGGCUUCAUCAAGAACACAGAGAAGCUGAACUACAGCAAAGAGCGCAUGUACAAACUGACGGUGACUGCCUACGACUGUGGGAAGAACCGCGCCUCAGAAGAUGUGCUGGUCAAGAUCAACAUUAAGCCCACCUGCAAGCCCGGCUGGCAAGGUUUCAACAAGAGGAUUGAGUACGAGCCUGGCACAGGCAGUCUGGCCCUUUUCCCCAGCAUGCACUUGGAGACCUGCGAGGAGCCAAUCACCUCCAUCCAGGCCAACAUCGAGCUGGAGACCAAUCACAUCGGAAAGGGCUGCGACCGAGACACCUACUCUGAGAAGUCGCUGCACAAGCUAUGUGGCGCCAGCGCUGGCACGGUGGAAUUACUGCCUGCACCAAGCAGCUCUGCCAACUGGACGGUGGGUCUGCCCACAGACAAUGGGCAUGACAGCGACCAGGUGUUUGAGUUCAAUGGCACGCAGGCCAUCAAGGUGCCCGAUGGCGUGGUGAGCACCAGCCUGAAGGAGCCCUUCACCGUCUCUGUGUGGAUGAGGCACGGCCCCGGGGCCAGGGAGAAGGAGACCAUCCUCUGUAACUCGGACAAGACCGAGAUGAACAGACACCACUACUCCCUCUACGUCCACAACUGUCACCUCAUCCUGCUGCUGCGUCAGGACCCCGCAGAGACGGAGAACUACAAACCAGCGGAGUUCCACUGGAAACUGGACCAGGUGUGUGACAAAGAGUGGCACCACUACGUGCUGAACGUGGAGUUCCCCUCCGUGGCUCUCUUUGUAGACGGGGCCACCUUCGAGCCCUUCCUGGUCACCGAAGACUACCCCCUGCACUCCUCCAAGAUUGACAUGCAGCUCACUAUCGGGGCCUGCUGGCAAGACAACCCAGGACAUGACAAAGACAAUGAGACAGUAUCUGAGCCUUCCACAGGCGGCAAUGCUCGCAUGUCCCAGUUUUUCCGGGGGAAUCUGGCCGGCCUGAUGAUCCGAUCGGGAAAGCUGGAGAACAAGAAGGUGAUCGACUGCCUGUAUACCUGCAAGGAGGGCCUGGAUGUGCAGCUGCCUGAGGAGGUGGCCUCAGCCGUCAAGGUGGCAUUCAACCCCAACCAGUCGUCGCUGACCGUGGAAGGCGAUGACAUUGAGGCUUUCGACAAGGUCAUGCAGCAUAUCUCCUACCUGAACUCACGCCAGUUCCCCACCCCCGGCAUUCGACACCUCCGCGUCUCCACCACCGUCAAGUGCUUCAAUGAGGAGACGUGCAUCUUGAUACCGGAAGCGGCGGGAUACGUGAUGGUGCUGCAGCCCGAGGAGCCCAAGAUCAGCCUGAGUGGCAUCGACCACUUUGCCCGCGGCGCUGCGGAGUUUGAGAGCCCCGAGGGCGUGACUCUGUUCCCCGAGCUGCGCAUCGUCAGCACCAUCACCCGCGAGGUUGAGGCUGAAACCGAGCCAGAGGCCACAGAGGGGGCAGAGGGGGCAGAGGAUGACCCCACAGUUCAAGAGACUGUCGUGUCGGAGGAGAUCAUGCACAACCUGGACACAUGUGAGGUGACUGCGCUGGGCGAUGAGCUAGACGGAGAGCAUGAGACCUUGGAGGUGGACCAGGCCCAGGUCCAGCAGCGCGGCCUGGAGAUGACCUCCUCCAACCUGGGUCUCGUCCUGACAGGCGUCAACACCAUGGCCAACUAUGAGCAGGUCCUGCACCUGAUUCGCUACAAGAACUGGCACACAGAGGCUCUCUUUGACAGGAAGUUCAAGCUGUUCUGCUCCGAACUCAACGGCCGCUACAUCAGCAACGACUUCAAGGUUGAGGUCAGUGUGAUCCACACAGCCAACCCCAUGGACCAUGCUAAUAAUGCCAUGGUGCAGCCCAAUUUCAUCAACCCAGUGCACCACGCCUCUGUGGACCUGUCCGGACACAACCUGGUCAACGCUCACCAGGCUUCAGUGGUCCCCAGCGCCGCCACCAUCGUCAUUGUGGUGUGUGUCAGCUUCCUGGUGUUCAUGAUCAUCCUGGGCGUGUUCCGGAUCCGAUCAGCCCACCAGCGCACCAUGAGGGACACAGAGGGCGGCAAGGAGAAUGAGAUGGACUGGGAUGACUCGGCCCUCACCAUCACAGUCAACCCCAUGGAGACUUAUGAGGACCAGCACAGCAGUGAGGAGGAAGAAGAAGAAGAGGAGGAGAGCGAGGAAGGUGAGGAGGAAGAUGACAUCACAAGUGCUGAGUCGGAGAGCAGCGAGGAUGAGGAGGCCGGAGAGCCAGAGGACCAGCAGGGUGCCAGCAGACAGCAGCAGCUGGAGUGGGACGACUCCACACUCACCUACUAACAGACAUACACAUACUCAUACAUUUUUACAUGCACAUGCAAACACACACUUCUUACACACACAAGCAACACACACACUCAUACACAUACACACCACAGGAGGUUGGUGCCACAUUAAUUGG